CUCGCGACUGACAAGCAGCGGUCGCCGUCGCCGAUCCGUUGUGUCGAGAGAGAUCAGUUCCGAAAAUCGAAAUCUUUAACUUAUAUAUUUAUCCCCCCAUAUACCGCCGAUCCGUACCGAUUCGAACCGUUCCGAACCGAUCCCGUGAUCUGUUUUACGCGUGUGUGCUGCUGCUACGAGCUACUUCUAUCUUUUUUUUUUUGAAAUUUUUUUAACGAGUCCUGGAAUCCUGUUGUUGUGUUGCAAGUGCCCCCGCCGCCGUAUCGAAACUUCACACCCUUUUUUUGUUCGAGUGCUGCCUUGUGCCGAGGAUAACCAACACCAGCAGCUGGCAUGAUGCUCCUCCGUGUGGCUCUGCUGACCGCCUGCUGCUUUUGCGCCGCCCAAGCGGUGCUCAACGGCAAGGAUCUUAAACGCCGCGAGGCCGGAUUCGACACAUACGGACCGCCGCCACGCCCUGCCCCCCAGUACGGACCACCGCCAUCGCAGCAACAGCACAUACCCCAUCGGGAAUACGGUGUGCCACAGCAGAUUCCAUUCCGCGAAUACGGCCCUCCUGCCUUGAAAUAUGGCCCACCCAAGCUGAACUUCUUGGGCGGAGGAGGCGGCGGCGGUGGUGGUAGCGGUGGCUCCCUCCACGAACAGAUCAAGACCCACUUCGGAGUGCCAAAGCCCUUCUACGGACCACCUCAUAUCCAGCACAAGCCGGCACCACAGUACGGACCACCACCACCAAAGCCUGCACCACAAUAUGGUCCCCCACCACCGAAGCCGGCUGCCCAGUACGGACCACCACCACCACAGUACGGCCCACCACCUCCACUGAAGAUCCAGCACCGCCCGGCACCACAAUACGGACCACCUAAGCCGCAAUACGGACCACCACCACCACCCCCUCAGUUGCUGCCUUCGCCACACUCCGCACCUCUGUUCAAGCCCGCCCACCAGCCAGCCACUUCGUACGGACCACCUGCAUCCGGACCACUUAAUCUGCCGCCCAAGCAGAUCUUCGAUGCCCCGCCACCAAAUUACGGACCACCCCCAUUGCCUGUUGCCCUGCCCGGAAACGGAAACGGAAACGGACCAGCCACCACGAUCAUCUUGACCGGCGGCGGAGGACAUUCUGGACCAAGUGGACCCAGUGGACCCGGACCAGUGAAACAGGUGCAGAUCCAGAUCGAUUCAUCGGGACACACUCACAGUGUUAGCGGAUCCCAGGCACCCUUCCACACGGCCUGCGAUGGCUGGAAACCAAUUCCGGCUCCAGUCGGUGCCUACGUUGAGCAGAAUCACAUUGAGACCCAGGGUGGCUACAGCCAGGUGGCUCAGGGACAUGGCGGUUCUUUCGGAACCCAGUACAGUGGUGCCUCAGUGGGUGUGGGAGCUACUGGAAGCGGUAGCGGCGGAAGCAUCAUUGACGGACUCUCGGACGAACAGCUCGUGGCAGUGGCCCUUCAGGGCGGCGGCGAUGGAGCCCAUCUGAUCACCGGACCCGGAGGCAACUCCAUUGAAGCGGAAGCUCUGCAGGCCGCCAUUGGUUCCCUGGAUGAUUCGUACUCCAAGCCACCUUCAGAUUCCUAUGCCCCCGGUUCGGUGCAUGCUCAGAAGUACCAGACAAUCGGACACUCCGGACCCCCUCCACCACCAAGUGGAAACUACGGACCACCUCCACCACCUCCCAGUGGAAAUUACGGACCACCACCACCACCACCCAGCGGAAACUACGGACCACCACCACCACCUCCCAGUGGCAACUACGGACCUCCUCCACCACCUCCCAGUGGUAACUACGGACCUCCACCACCGCAAUUCGCUGCCCUCACCAGCAGCAGCAGCAGCAGCAGCCACGCCCACUCGCAUUCUCAGUCUAAUGUGAACAUUCAGUAUGGACCCCCAUCCGGAAAUCCUCAACCUUUCCCACAACACGGAGCCGGUCAGCCCAACAAGCCGGUGGCCUAUCGUCCCCCUGUUCCCGUCGGCCUUUUAGAAUCUAUUGGAGCCACCGUCCAGCAUCUGGAUCAGUUUGGAGUGAAGCCCCAGCAGCAGCCAGCCACUUAUAUUCCACCCGCGGCCAAUGAGAUUCCCUUGGCUGGAUCGGCACCACCAGCACUGCCCGCCCCACAGGCUCUGUACCAGCCACCACCACCACCGCCGCCGCCACAAUCUGCUCCCCAGGUGAUCCUACAGCAGCAGUUGCCUGCCCCACAGCCCGGCCCUGCCUUCAUUCAUCAGAAACAGUUCGGACCUCCUGGACCACCACCACCACCAGAGCCACAGUACCUGCCCCCACCACCGCCAGUGGCCAAUGUUCGUCCCCUGGGACCACCACCUCCACUACCCCAGCAGCAGUACCUGCCCGCCGCACCCCCACCACCACUUUUCUACCAGCAGCAGCAGCAGCAGCAGCACCAUCACUCGGAGAACAGCUACAGUGCCUCACAGUUCCAUUCCCAGGGACUUCCCCUGCCCCAGCAGGCCCCUCGCUUCAAUCUGCAGCAGGUGCAACAGGUUCAGCAGCUGCAACAGGUGCAGCAGCCCCAGCCCAUCAUCGUUCACGAUUGCGGACAUGGCCCUAAUCUAGUGAGCAGCAAUGGCUACCAGGUUCAGCAGCAGGUUCAACAGCACUUCGGCAGCGUAUCGGCCGCAUCCCCUGGCGCCUACAAUGCCAUCUCUCAGAGCAUCCCCGUGGCCGAGCAGCACACCCAGCAAUUGAUCACCGGACCAGCCGACAGCUAUGGCCCUCCCCCAUCCGGAAACGAUAUUGACUACGAUCACACUGGCUAUGCCUCACAGAAGAAUGCUGUCGCUGCUCUUCCCGAUGGCACUGAUCCCCAUCAAUUGCCUGGUUUGGAUGGACUCGAUGUCCUUUCUGCCCAAAAGUCACAGAGCAUCCAACUGAAUUCCCAACAGCCGACUCAGAACUUCCAAGUUCAGUUCGGUGGAUCUCUAAAUAACUCUCCUGGUGUUGCCUCCGGCGAUGCCAACCACGAGGAGAUCCUCUCCCAGGGUCUGCUGCAGUCCAUUCUCACUGCCAUCGAGCAGCCCAGCCAGCAGAAUCUUCCCCAGAAUCACAAGGCUCAGAGUCGCUCUGAUGAGCAUCACGAACAGGAACACGAUCAGGCCCAUACUGAGGACAAUGAUGAACAUGAACAGUCCUCGAGCUCUUCGAAUCGUGUAGAGGUUCGUGUCCUCCCUGAGAAUCCCGAUAAUGAGGAAGAGACCCCGGCCGAAGUCAAGGAGAUCGAACCGAUCGUGGUCAACGACGAGGAGGCCAAGCAUUAGUCAUCAGUCACUAGUUAGCAUCGAACUCAUCAGCGCCGCUUGAACCUAUUUAUUGCUGCCUCAUCUUCAUCAACUAAGAGCUAAGAGCUAAGAGCCCAGAGAGCUCCAUCUGUCCCCCAGUUGCCAUAAAGUGAAAGUCCGCGGGGACAGGAGGGGGAUCCCACAGAAACUCACACAAACAAAUAUAAAAAAAAAUCACAAAGAGAACAACCAAGAAGCUAAACAUGCGGAUCGACGAGGUGUACGUACGUAUUGCCUCGCCGCAUGAAAAGUGCCUUUUCAUGCUCGCACAGCUCGUGUAUAAAAAUUAUUUAAAAUAAAUAAUUUAUU